UAAAUGUAUUAAUAAUAGCCAAUAGUUAGUGUACCAGUGCAAUCAGUAAUAUUAGGUGCAAGUGGAAAUCAAAGAUUAGGUUUCUAAGGAUAAUAAUCACCAUUAAGAAUAUCUGGUGGAUAAUAAAUUUAUACUUAGUAAGGAUUUUCUAAUUAGUAUAUGCAGAAUUAAUAAGUGAAAACUUUAUAGACACAUCAUAUGUAAAAGAAUAAGUUGAUUAUAGGCAUCAUACUCAUGAGUAUAAAUUACCAUAAUAUCAAUAUUAAUAAAUGUCUCCUCCUUAAUAAUAAUAACCAUAAUAAUAAUAAUAAUAAUAACCAUUAUAAUAAGUAUAAUAAUAACCUGAAAUAAAUGAAUUGUAUCAUGUAGAAAGAGAAAUGUAAGUACUAUCAGUUGAAGACGUUGAAGAGCCAUGGAAAAAGAAAUGUGUUGAAUUAGAAAUUAAGAUUUAUGAUUUAUAAACAGAAUUAGCAAGAUAUAAAAAUUAGGGUUAAGAUUUAAAAGUUACAUCUAAUGAAGAAUUUUAAAUAAGAGAAUUAGAAGCUAAAAUAAAGAUGAUGAAAGAUAUUGAAGAUGGAUUAAGGAAAUAAAUAUCUAAUUAAUAAAGUGAAAUUGAUUCAUGGAGAUAAAGGUAUUAAAAAUUAUAAUCUGAAUAUUAAUAAUUAUUAUAAGGUGGAGAUGAAGUUAGAUAAUUAAGAGAUGCUUUAGCUGAUAAAGAAAGACAAAUCUUAAAAUUAGAAGCAGCAUUAAAUUAAUCUAAUUUAGAAAUGCAAAAUUAAAUUAGAAUCAUUUAGUAAAAUUUAUUAUAAUUAUAUUAGAAAUAAAGAUUAAGAAAUUGCUUAAUAUAGAUAAACUUUAAGAUAAUUGGAAUCUUAAAUGAGUGAAUUUUAAUAGACAACUGAAAAAUUAAAAUAUUAUUCAAAUGAAGCAAAUGUUUGGAAAGAAAAAUUCAUGAAAGCUAAUUAAGAUUAUCAUACAGCUUAAGAAUAAUGUAUGAUGGCUUAAGCUGAAUUAGAUUCAUUAAAAAAAUAAAAAAUUAUAACUACAACAGAAAAAACAACUUCAAUUUAGUAAAGUAAUAUUAGAAGAUAAUAUUGA